ACGUUCGCUUGCAAGCUCCCUUCCAUGUUCUUGGCUUCCACAUCCGCAGACCUGCUCUACAAAACAUCAACACUGCAACCGCCGCCUUUUCCCCCUUAGAUCACUGCGGGAUAUACAACUUGCAAGGAGCGAUCCAGAGCCACUGGUGCAAUGGCGUCGCUCAAUCUCUCAAUAAACGGGCCAUCGAUCAAGAGCAGCUACCAAGGCGUCAUCAAUGGCCCCGCCCUCUCGUCAACCUCUCCCACAGCGGCCCGCUGGGCUCUUUUUACGGUGCAGGCGCCGCUUAUGAAUGCCUUCCAAAACACGGGUGCAAAGGAGAGCAUUCUGAAGGUCGAGACCACUGGGGAGGGUGAACUCGCUGAGCUCACCGAAGAGUUCAACGAAGGCCGCAUUCAGUUCGCUUUCGUCAGAGUCAAGGACCCAAAUACCGGUCUUCCCAAGAACGUUCUCAUCGCUUGGUGCGGCGGCGGUGUUCCUGAGCGUACCAAGGGGUACUUUACCAGCCAUACUGCGGCAGUUUCCAAGGUGCUUCAUGGCUAUCACGUUCAAAUUACAGCGCGCUCCGAUGCCGAUCUUGCCCCCGAAGAUAUUGUGCGAAAGGUUGCCGAUGCGUCAGGAGCCAAGUAUACAGCUGGGGGUUCUGCCCCCACGCCCACAGCGGCGCCACCCCUGGUCGCCAAGAAGCCCGUCUUCACUCCAACAACGUCUAGCUCCGGGAGCUCCUUCAACCCAAUUGUUGCCGCCCGCACUCGGAGACAAGACAAUGUUGACGAGGACGGCUGGGGUGCGGAUGCACCCCCCGUUACGCGCACUGAGCUUGAGAAGGUUGCGCCAGCAUACAAGCCCACAAAGGUUGAUAUUGCGAGCUUGAGGAAGAACAAUGAUGACUCAAGAUACAACGGGACAUCCAAACCAGACGACCGGCCGAGCGAUGUUGUCAAAGGCGGGUAUCAGCCAGUGGGCCAGGUGGAUAUUGCUGCCCUCAGGGCGCAGGCCAAGGAGGAUGAACGCCCGACUGUGGUAAAAGGCGCCUACGAGCCUGUGGGCAAGGUGGAUAUUGCCGCCAUCCGGGCAAGAGCGCAGCGCCCGGCCGAGCCCAAGGAGGAGGAAGCAGCAGCAGCACCAAAGAGCCUCGCAGAGCGCAGUGCAGCCUUCACCCAGUCGGAGCGUCUCACGGAGCUCCCCAAGCCAAAGGUUGCAAAAAAGUUUGGCGCUACUCCCUUCACUGGAACAAAAGCCCCCACGCCUGUUGGGCUCGGUUUUGGUGUUCCGUCAACCCCGGCACCACCGCCGGUUGGCUCCGCCAGCAGGACGUUUGCUGACCAAGGCGGCAAGACUCCAGCUCAGCUGUGGGCUGAAAAGAAAGCGAAACAGGGCGGUGCCACUAGCACUCCUGCGUCGCCCCCAGUAGCGUCACCUGUCACAGCCCAAAAAAGUGGUAGUGAGUGGAAGAGCGGCUACUCGGGCAAGAGCUGGGCUCCCGUACAGACGCCUGCUUUUGGCCGGGGAGGCGUGGAGGCGCAGAAGACAGGGGCAACUGAGCGGUCUGAACCCGAGCCCGAACCCGAACAGCAGUCGGCCGGUUCGGGAGGUGUCUCAGCUCUCCGCGACCGAUUCAAGGGCGCAACGCCCAUGGGCAGCACCGCUCGGUCCGCCCCUGAAGCCCCUGCCCACAGUGAGCGGGAGCAAUCCCCGCCGUCCCCGCCGAUGGGUAGCCGGCCCGCUGGUGGUUUUGCCCUCCCUGGUCUCCCGUCUCGACCGGCUGCCACCAACCAGGAAGAGGAAGAGGAAGAAGCAGAGGAGCCGCCUGUCGUUCCAUCCCGCAACUACGAGGAGCGCGAGUCGUCUCCCAUUCGUGUUGCAGUGCCAGUUGCCCGCAGCACGGUGCCCGAAAUCGAGCCCGCAGCCGAGAAGCUACCACUCAGGCCGGUGCCGGUUCCGGAGGAGCUGCCGAGGGAAGAGGAGCUCCCCGCUGAGCGAGAGGCUCAUGAUCCAAGGGCUGCUGCUGCCGCCGUCGCGGCGGUUGCCAGCGAAGCCGUCGGUCACGGUACGGAUCAGGGAGCCGGCGCGAGCGGUGGUUUGAAGGCCUUGGUUCAAUACGAUUACGAAAAGGCCGAAGACAACGAGAUUGAGCUCCGCGAGGGUGAAUACGUCACAAACAUUGAGAUGGUGGACGAAGACUGGUGGAUGGGAACCAACGCGCGGGGCGAGAGCGGUCUUUUCCCGAGCAACUACGUCGAAGUGGUCAGUGAAGACGAUGACGCAGCGGCUCCGGCCGCCAGCCAUGAGCCCCCGCCGCCUGCGCCCGCGCCGGAAUCGCAUGCUGAGCCCGAACCAGCGGCAGCGGGCGGGGCCACGGCGACUGCGCAGUUUGACUACGAAGCUGCAGAGGACAAUGAACUGAGCUUCCCCGAGGGCGCCAAGAUCACGAACUUGGAGUUCCCGGACGAGGACUGGUGGUUUGGUCAUUACAACGGCGCGUCCGGUCUGUUCCCGGCCAAUUAUGUCCAGCUUGACUCGUAGGUUGUAUGACAGCCGUGUUCGGUGAUGGAUAGCUAGCCUGGGUGGUUGUUGGUGGGUGGUGGAGUAGAUUGAUGGCAUUGGCCAGACUUAGCAGUUGCUUCUUAUCGGUAGUCCAACGAGGAAAAUGGAAAAGACUGGCGGUUUACCGAGUAGAUUUCCUGUCCUGCUGUGUGCAUUACGAGGGAAGUAAAGUAGCGUAAGGGGGCAGCGAUGAUGUUGUCUGUGUUGAUGGGUGGGCAAUCCAAUACCUUGGGCUGAUGGAGAUGUAUUGUACAGUGCUACGAGGUAAGUCAAGGAGUCAAGCUACCUUGCAUU